AGCUCCGAUGCUUCUGCUUCCGCUACUCCUAGCAAGUGUCGCUUGCACAGCUACUGCCGAACUUCCGCAGGACCAAAAUCUAGCCCUCGAACUUGUGAAACAGCUGCUAAAUGCAGGCAAUGGAUGUUCGCACCACUUCAAAAAGCAAGUCGGUCAAAAGCUGGACAUAUCAGGAUCAACAGACAACAAUGAUAAAAAGCAUCAUGGUACAACUAUAGAACAUGAUAAUGACCAUGAGAAGCAUGAAAACUGUCCUUAUAUGCAAAUUCUUCUACUCAUGAACAUGUGCUGCAACAAUCAACAUGAUCACCACAAGCACCAUGAUAAGCAGAUAUCUGGGAAAUCCUCAACUAUAGGACCUGUACCCACUACAGUGUCCACUACUCCCACAAGAACAAAAAUGAGCAAAAUUAAGGGGAGUGAGACGACUACUCCGUGUGAUUGUGAGCCAGAAGAUCCCACUGAACCAGAUCCGAAAGUACACACCUCACCAGCGAUUCACACCACUCCAAGAACUACAUCAGACAAGCAUACUUCACCGCGUAUACAGAUACAAUUUUCGGAACCCACAGAUUCAAGCACGAUCCCAGCAAGCUCUAGAACAAUGCCAAACCGUGGAAUGACCAGCAUACCUACGUAUCCCCGUCCUACAGUACGUAAACCUAAGCCACCUACGGAGGAUUUUCCUUGCAGAUGGAUUUGUUAUAACGAAUUUCUCUGCGACAAACCAUGCACGCCAGAGCAAAUAGUCCAUAAACACAGAAAUCCAUAUGUUCUCUUUCCUUUUAAUAUUCCACAAAAUCAAGAUAUUCGCCGCAUGUCCUUCCCUAGUAUUAUUGAGUAA